AUGUCGGGACGCUAUGAGCGGGUAAACGCCCACGAUGACGACGAACCCGAAACACGCGCAGUUCCACCCCGGACAACGCAGCCGAUUCCCAACUCACCACCGCCAUCCUUCCACUCGAGAUCGUCGUCAAUAGCGCCCAGGGAGAACAGAGUCGACCCGACAUUGGCCGACGCAUUCGAUACCGACGGCGAUGAUAGUGACGACGAGGCCGACGACCGACAGCGACUGGUCCGGGGUAACGCCACCCCGACUUCGAGCGACGAGGUCUCGUCCAGGCCAACCGGCCCCGAACGCAAUGUGACGGAGUUGCCGUCGGUCGCAGCAGCUCCCAGUGGUCCCGGGGCUUCAAAUGCGCGGAUCUACGGAGGCGGGAUUCAAUCCGACGGUGUCUUUUCCAACCUGACGGCCAAGCCCGAGAGGGGUGGAGAGGUGAAGGAGGAACAGCCUCCGACCUACGAACAAGCAGCAGCAGACUCAGCCCCGCCGUACUGGGAGACGACCAUCCUCGCUCCGGGCCUGGGAGGGCCCGACGAGGUGUACAUCGACGGCAUGCCCGUCGGCUCGGCCUUCUCCUUUGUGUGGAACGGCAUGAUCUCCAUGUCCUUCCAGCUGGUCGGCUUCCUGCUGACCUACCUCCUGCACUCGACGCACGCGGCCAAGAACGGGUCGCGCGCGGGGCUCGGCGUGACCCUGAUCCAGUACGGCUUCUACAUGAAGGGCACGACGGAGAGCGGCGGCGACCCCAUGGGCGGCGGCGGCGGUGGCCAGAUGUCCUCGUCGGAUGACUACAUGGCGCCACCGGACCCCAACGCGCACGAGUUUGACCCCUCGACCGUGACCAGCGGGGCCGGGAGCGGUGGUGCCGGCGGCGACUCGGGAUCGUUCGCGGACGUCGCGAGCUCGGACUGGGUGGCGUACAUCCUCAUGAUUGUGGGCUGGUUCGUGCUGAUCCGGGCGGUAAGCGACUACCUCAAGGCGCGGAGGCACGAGCAGCUGGUGCUCCAGAGCCCCGACCGGGGGCUGGGCGUCCCUGUGAUCGCCGAGGGGGAGAACCCGUCGACUGUUGUCUGA